AGAGGGAAAAAUGAAAAUAAGGAACACAGAACGAGGCUCAGGGCUCAAAAAAACCCUAGCUAGCGGCACUGUCACCCGACUCACAAACCUAUUUUUCAUUAGCUGUACUAUAUAUAAUCAUAAAACCCUCUUAAUUCCUGUUGCUCACUCACUCGCUGCAUUUCUUUUCCAAAACCCUACUGCACUUUUUUUUUGGCGGUCCAAUAUCUUUCAACAAUGGAAUUUUGGGGUGCCGAGGUUAAGGUUGGGGAGGUUGUUAAGGUGGACCCAACCGAAUUUGAGGCAUGCAUACACCUUUCUCAGGCUGCUCUUGGUGAGGCAAAGAAAGACAAACCGAGUGAACCUGUAGUUGUCUACUUGAAAGUGGGUGAUCAGAAAUUUGUUUUGGGAACCCUUUCCAAGGAGAAAAUUCCUCAAAUAUCUCUUGAAUUAGUGUUGGAAAAGGAGUUUCAGCUUUCCCACAAUUCAAAAAAUGCCAGCGUGUAUUUCUGUGGAUACAAGGCAUAUUAUGCUGGGGAUGAUAGCGAGGAGGAUGACUUCACUGAUAGUGAUGAGGAUCUUCCAUUGACAAGCACAGAGAAUGGAAAACCUGAAACAAAAGCUGACGACUUGAAGGUUCCUGAAUCUAAAAAGGUUCCUGAAUCUAAAAAACCUGAUGCCAAGGUUGGUACAUCGGCAAAACAAGUCAAAGUAGUUGAGCCAAAGAAAGACGUUGAAGAGGAUUCAGAUGAUGAAUCCGAUGAAGAUGAUGAUGACUUUGGAAGUUCUGAUGAUGAGAUGGAGGAUGUUGAUAAUGAUAGUGACGAUGAGAGUGAUAGUGAUGAAGACGAUGAUGUAGAGACCCCUCCAAAGAAGGCUGAUCUGGGAAAGAAGAGGCUCAAUGACUCUGCAUCAAAAACUCCAAUUCCUUCCAAGAAAUCUAAAAAUGCUACACCUGAAAAGACUGAUGGUAAGAAAACUGCACAUACGGCAACUCCUCACCCUACGAAGAAAGGUGGAAAGACUCCCAACAGUGAAGGCAAGGACCAGACUCCCAAGUCUGGUGGACAAUUUUCCUGCAAAAGCUGUAGCAAGGCGUUUACCUCUGAAGGUGGUCUGCAACAACAUAGCAAGGCCAAGCAUGGUCAGUGAUAUUACUUUUGCGGAUUGUUAACUGAGCCGUGUAUUAUUUUCGAUUAUCCAUUAAAAUGAUUAUCUGAAGGACAUUAAGUAUCUGUCCUUGUUUUUUGGCCUAGUAAACCGUGGAAGUGUAAGGUAAAUGCAUGUUUUGGAAUUUUGGUUGACAUUGAUGGGCACUUCAAUUGUCUAAAUUACUGCGCU